AUGGUUGCAGCUGCCGGCUAUGAUGCGUUGCAGUUUGGCAGCCUACAUGAUGCCAAGUAUGACUCAGUUGGUCGACGAAUGGCAACAGCUUCGUCUGACGGCGUUGUCAGGAUUUGGUGUGCAGAGAGCCAUCAGAUGUUAGCACAGCUGCCAGGACACCAGGCUGCAGUGCUGGUUGUGGGCUGGGCUCCAAAGAAGACCCUCCCGGUUCAGCUGGUAAGUGGCGCAGCUGAUGGAACCAUUUUGCUCUGGCGAGAGCAGCAGGGCCAGUGGCAUUCCGUACACCAGCUCACUGUGAGAGGAUCCGCAGUUGCAGCCAGUUUUCGACCUGCCGAGUAUGGUCUGAUGUUAGCAGUCGCGGGCAGCGAGAGCCCCGAUAUUUGUUUUGUGACGCGGAAGGAGGUUGUAGCAAGCGCGGUCUUGCCGGCCGGGGAGCAGUGGCUGUCAAAGCCCAUGGAGGCCCACCGCGCUGGUCUGGUUGCGCUCUGCUGGGCACCUGCGGCCAGCCCUGCAACCCUUGCAGCCGGUCCCGCUGCUGCACGGGCCGCAGCCAGAGCUCCGCUGCGCUUGGUUUCGGCGUCAAGUGAUCGAUCUGUUCGCAUCUGGCGCUGCGACGAGAAGAGCGAGGCAUGGUCCCUUCAACAUGAGCUGGUUGAAGCUGGAUCUGGACCUGCGGUGCGCGCUGUUGCAUGGAAGCCUAAUCUGGGCAUACCAUCCAGCUCGAUUGCAGUGUGCUUCGAGGAUGGGCUUGUCCAGAUUUGGUGGCAGGACAUGGAGGGUCAGCCGUGGAAUGUCCAAACUUCUUGGAGCAUCGGUUCCGAGGCCUGUCGACUGUCAUGGUCCGCUGCCGGAUCCUUGCUCGCAGUGUCGGGACCGGAAAGGAGCCUACUAUUUAAGGAAUCAUGGGCAGGGCAGUGGGCGCAAGCCUGUCAGCUUUGA